UGGCCAGCCUCGCGGGCGAGGAGUCGCUUGUUCGCCGCGGCGCUCUGGGAUUCUUAUGCGCUCCUUUCUCGCUCUCCAUUGGUAGCCGCCGCCGCCGAUCAUCUCCGCUGCCUGCCUCCAAAUCCUGCAGCCGCGCGUGCUGAGCUUGCGAUUGGUGGGGCCGCUUUUCAGUCCGGGAAAUAGCUUUCAGUUGCCGCCGAUGAGAAACGAUGCGUGCCUUAAUGCCCCGCCUUAACGGGGUUCUCAGUCCCGCCCCCAACGUAGAGGAAGCCGAUAGGGCAAAAUAAAAACGUGCGUGUUGCCCUGGCAACGAGGCUUCGGCCUGCGGUCCUGUCAAGCGAGGACCACAGGGAGCGGGAGGGAGCCUUCCUUGCCUAGGCAGGAGUUGAUAGAAAGUUGAGGGGGUGCGAGGGUUGACUGAAUUCCCCCCUACCAAGACAAGGAAAAACUCCCUGCAAGUGGAAGAUGAGCACGCAGGCAAUAAAAGCACUCAGCUCUCUGGCUAGCUUUCUGCCUGCAGGGACUUUAACCACCAGGGAUGGGGGCAUUCAAUCUAGUUGCAGGAGAGGGAGAAAUGGAAGAGAGCUCCAUGGCUUCAGCUGACAGGACACACACACACCCUUGACAUUUGGCUCCCCCAUCUCUGAACAGUUUCCAUUCAAGCUGGUCAACUAUGCAACUUUGAGAAUUGAUGCAUAAGUUUGCCGGUUUCUCCUUUUCCCUAUGUUGUGAACCUCCUUUCGUCUGUACAGAAAAAAUGGGUGAUAUUAUCAUUGUGGUAAUUAUACAGAGUUGUGCGGAAGUUGCCCCAGGACAUUUGGCCUUUUGAAUAUGUAGUUCUCUUUUUCCCUCCUAGAAGAAAACAAUGCAACACACUUGGUUUUAAAAUUUAAAAAUAACAUAUGACUUUUACUUGCUGUACUUGCUCUUGUCAGAUUGAAUGUACAAGACAGGCAGGCAAUACUUACGGUAAAGGUAAAGGGACCCCUGACCAUUAGAGGUCCAGUCGGGACUGACUCUGGGGUUGCGGCGCUCAUCUCGCUUUAUUGGCCGAGGGAGCCGGCGUACAGCUUCCAGGUCAUGUGGCCAGCAUGACUAAGCCGCUUCUGGCGAACCAGAGCAGCACACGGAAACUCUGUUUACCUUCCCGCCGGAGCAGUACCUAUUUAUCUACUUGCACUUUGACGUGCUUUCAAACUGCUAGGUUGGCAGGAGCAGGGACCGAGCAACGGGAGCUCACCCCGUCGCGGGGAUUCGUACCGCCGACCUUCUGAUCGGCAAGUCCUAGGCUCUGUGGUUUAACCCACAGCGCCACCCGCAUCCCAAUACUUACAUUACUGAAGAAUAUUUACAUUAAUUUGUACCUGAGACUGAUCAGUAUUUACUGACUGACUCUGAGGCAGACAGCAGCAUAGCACACAACAUGCUUGCUGCUCUCACAGUUAAAACUCACACAACAGUUGAUAACUAACUUGGGGGGGGGGAAGACUGCCUAAGGCAGGGGUCAGCAAACUUUUUCAGCAGGGGGCCAGUCCGCUGUUCCUCAGACCUUGCGGGGGGUCCGGACUAUAUUUUUUUGGCGGGGAAAUAUGAACGAAUUCCUAUGCCCCACAAAUAACCCUAAGAUGCAUUUUAAAUAAAAGGGCACAUACUACUCAUGUAAAAACACGCUGAUUCCCGGACUGUCCAUGGGUUGGAUUGAGAAGGUGAUUGGGCCGGAUCCGGCCCCCAGGCCUUAGUUUGCCUACCCCUGGCCUAAAGCAUAUGGCAUUACAAUAUUCUAUGCUACAGCAUUAACCUUUUAGGAUGCACCAUUCCCAAAAUCAUUUCAGUGCUAUCAUCAAGUAGUAUGUUGAUCUAGGAUUCCACAAGGCUACACACUUUCUGCCAGAGGUGUAGCCACUGGGGGGCAGGGGACAGCUGUCCCCCGAACUCAAUACAAAUCAAUACAAAUAUGAGGUUCUGCCCCAGCAACAAAAAUCCUGGCUAUGCCCGUGCUUUCUGUUUCAUUUUUGUUGCUAUUUAGAUUUGUACUCAUUCUGAACUUAGAGAGCAAGGUGACUCACAGUACUUAUGCUAUAUAAGACUUAUUUCUCCCUCCUAAAUGUUCACAAUCUAAAUUGCAUUCAUUCUGUUUUCCUCAAAAGCUCUCUUAGCCACAAUAUUAGAAGUUCAGCCAGAAUGUGUACUUCAGAUGAAGAAAAGUACUUCCAGGGCCAAGAAGACUGCUUGAGUUGAGACAUACAAUUUUGGCAGCACAAGUUUGAUGAGGCAGAGUAGUAGAUAGAUACAGUGGUGCCUCGCAAGACGAAAUUAAUUCGUUCCGCGAGUCUUUUCGUCUUGCGAUGUUUUUCGUCUUGCGAAGCACUGUCCGUCGCAACUGCGCCUCUUCAAGUGGCUUUAAGAAAAAAGCGAACAAACUCGCAAGACGUUUUCGUCUUGCGAAGCAAGCCCAUAGGGAAAAUCGUCUAGCGAAGCAACGCAAAAACCGAAAAACCCUUUCGUCUAGCGAGUUUUUCGUCUUGCGAGGCAUUCGUCUUGCGGGGCACCACUGUACAUAAUUUUCAGGAAGUGGCCCUUGCACUUGUAAGUUGGGUUUUGCUGUAGAUGAGAAUGAGAGUGAGAAUGACUAACUUCUAUGAAGAAACUGCCACAGGUGUAAGCAAAGCAUACUGUGUGCUCAUUUGACACUGUGUGUAUGUGUGCAUGUGUGACAUGAUGUCUGACAGAGAAUUUGUGCAGCUGGAAAAUCUGCUUUUAAAACCCCCUGAAGGGAUGCUAAAAAAAGAACUUGAGGAGCACAUUGCUAAACAAAAACAUGAAGAAUGCCACCAACAAAAAUUCAUUUAAAUACAUUAGUAGCAGGAGAUUGGCUAGGGCAGGGUGUUGGACCUUUAGACGACAACAGAGUAAAAGGUGUGCUAAAGGGUUUUUUUGCAUCUGUCUUCAGAGCAGAACAUAUCGGGCAGAUUCCUGGGCCUGAACUUUCACAAGAAGGAAGUCUGAGGAAUUGAGGCAAAUAGAAGUAUCAAGAGAUGAAGUUCUAGGGCUUCUUGAUAAAAUAAAAAUUGACAAAUCACUGAGUCUGGAUGACUCUUCUAGCAAAAAUACAUAAUAAUAAUAAUAAUAAUAAUAAUAAUAAUAAUAAUAAUAACAACAACAAUAACAAUAAUCAUGAUCAUGAUCAUGAUCAUAAUAAUUUAUUUAUACCUCGCCCAUCUGGCUGGGUUUCCCCAGCCACUCUGGGCGGCUUCCAACAGAAUAUUAAAAAACAAUAACCUAUUAAACAUUAAAAGCUUCCCUAAACAGGGCUGCCUUCAGAUGUCUUCUAAAAGUCUGGUAGUUGUUUUUCUCUUUGACAUCUGGUGGGAGGGCGUUCCACAGGUGCCACUACUGAGAAGGCCCUCUGCCUGGUUCCCUGUAACUUGGCUUCUCUCAGCAAGGGAACCGCCAGAAGGCCCUUGGCACUGGACCUCAGUGUCCGGGCUGAACGAUGAGGGUGGAGACACUCCUUCAGGUAUACUGGACCAAGGCUGUUUAGGGCUUUAAAGGUCAGCACCAACACUUUGAAUUGUGCUCGGAAACGUACUGGGAGUCAGUGUAGGUCUUUCAAGACCGGUGUUAUAUGGUCUCGGCGGCCGCUCCCAGUCAGCAGUCUAGCUGCUGCAUUCUGGAUUAGUUGUAGUUCCUAAGAAAAUGAUACAGUGAACCCACAACUUGAGCUCAAUUUACUUAACGCCAUUGCAACCUUAUGUGGGGUGGAGGGGAAUGAAUAAAUAAAUGGGGAGCGGAGAAACCAUUUAUAUGUCCUCCCCCACAUGUGCACCCAGCAAGUUUUCCUUGCUUACUGGGCUCUGAGAAGCUCUUAUAUUGUGGUAUUCUUCCUUGCAAUCGUCUGAUGACAGGUGGUCUAGAAACAAAACCAUUGAUGACAAGAGAGCACGCCAACCCAGUAAUUCUGCCCUAUGUGCUUUUCACUGAAGUGCAUGGCACUGUUUAUAUCUCAGAUUUUGCAAGGGCAAAGUUAAAAUGUCCUGUUUUUCUUCCCUUUUUUAUUUAUCUUAGCACUUCUUAGGCUCUGACUGUGCCUUGGUGUCAUCCUAACUGGAGAUGGAGCCCUGGCUGUGCCGUGUGCCCCAGCCUGGCACAGAAUUGAAUACGCUGGCAAACAUAACAAGGAAGAGGUGAGGGAACCAAUAACAAAACAAUAAACAAAAAAAGUGUUUAUAUAGCCAUCACUUACGCCAAGCCAGGAAAGGAAGCUAUAAAUAGUGCUUUCAAGCUAGCUAGUCAGAUGUUACUGUUUGGCAGUCUUCAAACAAAGAACUCUGUCCUUUCGCUGCCAAGUUAAGUUCAGCCCUGUAACACUUCUGUUUUUCUCCAACCUAGAUAAUUUUGCAUAUCAGAUUUUUUUAUGUCUGAAAAUCUGGUAGGCUGGAAGUAUGCAGUCAAGACAUUGAGGCAGGCUGUCUGCAGCAACAGAGAAAUUGAGUUCCAGGAAAAAUGAUAUACCCAGAACUAGAUUUUGAAACAAAUUCUACUGUCUGAAAUAAAGCACUGAAACUAUGCACGUGUCUUGGGCUCAGCCCUGGUUCAAAUUAAGCCUUACACAUGGGCCAAAUCUGGAAGCUUUUUUUUGGCCGAGUGAAGUGAGUCCCUGUCUAUGGCUUCACAGAAUUCCUCUAUCUCAUCCCAAUGACAUAUGGGAAACUACAAGUGAUCCCUUCAAGAGUCACUGAAAUAUUCCUGGCAUCUGCUUUUGGAGCUGUAUAAAUUUGCAUGACAAUCAGAAAAACCAGAACCACCUGCUCUUGUUUACCAACUCUUGCAUUGCAUAAUUCAGGGCUCCCCAAAGUGGGGACAUGAGAAGGCUGUAGGGAAAAGUGAUGGGCAGACAAGUAUGUUUUUAUUAAAACUGCACCAUCACAAAUCUGAGUAGAAUGUCAUAUUCCUUUUGGGGGCAAAGCAAGUUACUUUAUAGUUGGCUUUUUCUGCGAUGGUGCUGCUACUGCCGCACAAUCCAAAAUUCACUAUAUCUGCACAUUUGUUAAAGGCACAGAUGUUGUCUUUCUAAGGGGAUGUUGACUAGAGUGCAUACAGUCCUGCUGGAUCAGACCACAGUUCCUUCUGCUUUAACAUCCUGCUUCCAGCAGUGGCCAGCUUCCAGGUAGUCCCCAGUCAGGGCAAGAAGGCAACAGCCCAACCCUUUGCUAAUCCCCUAGCAUCUAGUGUUCAGAUAUAAGCUGUUGUUAAGCACCUAUCAUGACUAAUACCUGCUGAUAAAGCCGCACAUUCUGUCUGCAUAAACUUGUCUAGCCUUUUUGUAUCUAAGCCUAAGCCAACCCCACAUCUCAUGGCAGCAAAUUGCAUAAGUGAAUCAUAAAUUGUGUGAAAAAGUACUUUCUUGUUCCCUUCCUGAAUCUACUGCUCAUCCAUUUCACUGGAUGGCCUCGUGCCUUAGUGUUAUGACAGACAGAUAAAUGCCUACUCAGCUUCCUGUUUUCGUUGCAGCUGUCCCGAUUCCUGAGUUUUCUACUAGAGCCAGUUUUCCUUGAAGAUUCAGUGAGUUCAAGUCCCUCUCAAUACGUUUUUGGAGCCUUGUAAAGAAUGGGGAGACAAAUGAAGAUUACCAGUUGAUAGGAAUCACAGGUGGGCAGAUUCCUGUUGCGUUCAUGCCCAGUGUGCAGGCUUCCCACUGGCAUCUAAUCAACUACUGGAAGAACAGAAUGCUGGGCUGGAUGGGCCAUAGGCCUGAUCCAGGAAUCUUGUCUUACGUUCCUAUGAAGACCACCUCAGAACCUGCUCCAGUUGGACUUUUCCCCACACCACAGGGCUAUCUACAGUCAGGGCUUGUAAACACUACAGCUUUACAGCACACAUGAAACAUAUUCUCCCCCUCCAAUAAUUCUCCAUGCUGUAGUUACAAUUCCCAGCAACCCUUAACAAUACAAGCAGCAACCAUUUUGCAUGUGCCCAACUGAUGCGCAACCACUGACACCUGGGUCCUUUUGGAUCUGGAAGAGGGCAGAAUGGGAGCAUAACAGGGCGAAGUGGACUUAUGCGUCGUCCACCAAUGCACAGGGGAGCCAGGAACGAACCCCCUGUGCAAAAUGGUUGCCACCUGUGCUUCAAAGACCACCUCUCCCUACAUCUGGACCCUGUGAUCAUAAUCCGAGGCCCUUCUUUGUGUGUCCCCUGCAUGAGAGGUCUGAAAGCCAGCAACACAAGAGCGGGCCUUUUCUGCAGUUGCUCGCUAUUUGUAGGAUGCUCUCCCCAGGAAAGCUUGCCUGGCACCUUCAUUACAUACCUUUAGGCGCAAAGCAAAUACAUUUCUCUAUAACCAGGCCUUGGGCUGAUAACAUUCUGUGGCCUUUUAAAAGUGUUUAUUAUGUAUUUUGUGUUUUAAUUUUGUGUUUUUAUGUUGUGAACCACCUUGUGAUCUUUGGAUGAAGGGUUGUAUACAAAUUUUAUUACUAUUAUUAUUAUUAUUAAUAAUAAUAACAGUAAGAAUAAAAAAACUACAGUACCCAGAAUUCUUUGAGAAGGGAAAUGUGCUUUGAAUGUGUAAGGAGCCCAGUAGAGAGAGGGAGGCAGGUGAAGACCACCUUGGCAACUAUUCCAUCUGGACUGUCUCCUUUCAAGACAGACACAUUCUACCAUUAAGUGCCCUGUGGGAAGGAUGACUUUUUAUACGUUGCUGUUGUUUAUUGUGGUAGUUUAAAAAUGUAGUUUAAUAUAAGCUGCCUUUGAAGGAAUUGUAUCCUGAAAGGCAGGAUAUAAACAAUGGGCUAGUGCAAGGAUAAUAACAGAAACGAAUUGGUUUAUAUCAUGGUCCACAUACCCUGUUAAAGCGUGUGGGCAUCAUUGUCAUGUGUGUGCAGGAGCCAGGCCCUGUGACCAGGACUGGGGCCUUCCUAAGUUUGUUCUGGAGAGGCAAGGCUCGACCGCACAGGUGAGGCCGAUUGGUAACUCACAGCACCUGGUGGCAAGAGCUGGGAAGGGAUAUAAGGUCAGCAUUUUGCUUCAGCUCUUUGCCACAGCAACAUGUUCCCUGCCUUGCUGUGUUUGGUUCCUUGGUUCCUUGCUCCAUGGACCCCUGCCUUUGUGACUCCUUUCUCCUUGAUCCUCGGACCCCUGCCUUUGUGACUCCUUGCUUCUGGACCCUUGGCUUCUUGACUCCCAGCUCUCUGACCCUCGGACUCUUGGCUUCCCAACUCCUGGCUUCUGGACUCCCGUUCCUGCUCCCACCCUGCCAUCUUGCCCCCGGUCCCGACAUCCCCAGCUGGGACUUCGAUCGCCCGUGAACUGGACCAUGACAAUCAUCCUGUCCUGCUGAUUCCUCCAGUUUGUUCAGGGGGAAUAAAAUCAGGGCAUUUUGCAGCUGGACAGAGAAUGGAACCCAACUUGCCCUAACUUUGUGACCCUGGAACCAGGUAGUCUUUAAGUGUUUGGCAGUUUCUCUUCCCAAGGUAAAAAGCCGCAGAGGAAGGCUGGUGGCAGCCACUGGAUAACAAAUUGCAGUCCCAAAAACUGAUUGCUGGUGUGUGGGUCUGAAGUGCAAACAUGCAGAUAUUCCAGAGAAGUGCUGUAAGUGUCCUGGGAGGUGGGCAUGUGUGUGAGGGGGGGAAAGUAAUUUUGAAGGUCAAAUGUCUGUCAUUCAGAUUGCAGCUGAUAACUUUGAUGUAAUAUCCUUAACCUUAAAGGUAAAGGGAUCCCUGACCAUUAGGUCCAGUCAUGGCCGACUCUGGGGUUGUGGUGCUCAUCUUGCUUUACUGGCCAAGGGAGCCGGCGUACAGCUUCCGGGUCAUGUGGCCAGCAUGACUAAGCCACUUCUGGUGAACCAGAGCAGUGCACAGAAACGCCUUUUACCUUCCCGCUGGAGCGGUACCUAUUUAUCUACUUACACUUUGACGUGCUUUCGAACUGCUAGGUGGGCAGGAGCUGGGACUGAGCAACGGGAGCUCACCCUGUCAUGGGGAUUCGAACCGCUGACCUUCUGAUUGGCAAGUCCUAGGCUCUGUGGUUUAAUCCUUAAUCUUAUCCUGACUUAAUUUUUACAGUGCAAGUUUGAUAUUUGACUCUGUGAGCUUUGCAGCGGCCUUUGCUUGAAACCACAGCAGGGGCCCUCUGAGCAUGGUCAGGGGGCACACUGUUCCCUGCGCCAAGUCUCAUGUUUUUCUUAGGUGUUCAAGUAAGACCAGCCUUGAAAGUCCUGGGAGAGCGCGGGGUGCCGCUCCUGACAGGUUAACUGGAGGAGAUACGAGGACUAAGGUGGGGGCGCUGGAGAAAGAUAUGGAGAAAGCAGUCAGCCCGCGGGCGCGGCGCAAUUGAUCGGCCCCUGGAGCGUUGCGCCUCGCUGGCAUUUCACCCACCUCUCUCCGCGGAGGCAGCGUUAUGCAAUAGCCCGUCUUAACUUUGAUCGGAUGGAAAACAAGGAGACGCAACAAUUCUUUCUCUCCCCCCCCCCUUCCGCCCCACUCCCACGCAGAAACAGCGGCGACAGGUCCGUCCCGGUUGCCUUUGGGGAAGAAAGGGGAGGGCUUUCCCCCGGCUCCUUCCCCUUGCGCUCCUUGGGCUCCUCCGCAGCAAGAGGUUGGUUUCAGAAGGGAAAGGAAGGCGAGCGAGCGAGCCAGCGGGGAGGGCAAGGGGUGCCGCCCCGCGCGGCUGUGGAUCCCAUUCGCGACCCGCGGCAUCUUCCCGCGGAGAGGCGGCUCCAGCCGAGCAGGGCGAUGGUGAGCGAGGGGGGACCCGGGCGCCCCGGAGCGCGCCGGCAGGGGGCGACGCGGAGGGGCCGAGGGGCCGAGGGGCGGGGAGGUCCCCAGGCGGGCGCGGGGGGGGGGAGUUGCCCCUUUCGCGUGGGAGGCGCCCGGGAUGCCGGGGAGUUAAGACCCGUGUCGCGCGGGGUCGGAAAGGUCGUGUGCAUGCUGCGCCUGGGUGCAAAGGGGCCACCGCGUGGGUUAACGGUUGUCCAGCCCGAAACCUAGGGUUAUUCAGCAUUAAUGGAUGCUGCAGGUAUGCUUUCUGUUUGGGUUUGAUUAGGAAGGGAAAUCGUUGUCUCCUGCGUCUUUAACAACCGCACAGCAGGCAGGUUGUGGUGGUGGUUGUUGAUUAUGAUAAUGAUGCUUUACAUGUGCAGCCCUUUCUGUCGUGGAGAUGAGUUUCUAAUAUGAUUAUUGUUAUUGUUAUUCCUGCAUGAUGUUAAGACACAGAAAGUGUGUGGCGCGGGAAGAAGGGUAAGGAGGAGAAACGUACUUCCAAAUAUUGUUUCUUCUUUUUUCUGAAUAUAAAAGCGAAAGCUAACAAGCAGACAAGACUCCUUGGCUCAGAACCAAGGGCUUCUAGCUUCUGUCUCUUCUGUUUGACAGACUGGUGUCCGGUGGUAAGGAGACAAGGACUGGUUGUUUCCUGCUUUGAGCAGACUUCUAUGGUUCCCAAGAUCGAUUUACAGACAUGCUGGAAAGAAUUCCCAAAGGAGCUGAACGCAAACCCAGGCGCACCUUGCCAAGGGCAUAACCCCUCGUCCUUGGGGCAAACUGGCCUCCUGCCCUGCCAGCUGGCCAGAGGUACCAGAUUGCCACUGGAAUGGCAGUGGGUCCCUCCAGUAUUGGCCACAGGGAUACAGAUAGUGCCAUUUUAAGGUCCAUUUGGAAAAGCAUUUCCCCUCCCCUCCUUCUGGGCUGUUUGAUCCCUAAAAUCCAUUCUCCUUGGUUUAGUGUAUUCUUAUAGCACCUUGGAAAGUCACUGUAUUUCUGUGGCAAUACGUUUCAAAUUUUUUAGUUGGCAUCUAUGUGGAGGGAAGAAUACCAAGCAGAGAUGGUUAAAAACAUGAGUCCUGCUGGAUUGGGCGGAAAGGCUAGUCUAGGCCAGCAUGUACCUAUGGGAAGCUCACAGGCAGGAGCUGAAUGCAACAGUGUUCUCUCUGCUUGGGAUGGCCAGCAACUGGCGUUCAGAGGCACACUGCCUCUUGAGACUACUUGCUUCUGAAAGCAGCUGCUCUGUACAACCUCAGAAGUGCAAGCCCAGGGCUCUCUCCAGAGUAAGAGUGUCUUCUGGGCAACAACUCUCGGAUUAAGGGGCUGCUGAAAAUAUUACCAGCCCAUGUGACUGGUUGUGCUAUCAAGCGCUCAUCAGCUCCUGCCCGGAAACCAAUGCCCCCACUGUGGAAGGACGUGUGGAUCCAGAAUUGGCCUCCACAGUCACUUUUGGACUCAUUGUUAAAACCGUGUUUAUGGAAGACAAUCUUACUCGGCUACGAGUGAUCACCAAAGAAGAAGAAGAAUGCCACAGAUUAGGGGUGGAGAUGGAUUGCCGGGCAGCUCUGCUUUCUGAUGGGCAAUCCUGAACCCAUUUCAGGACCACAAAACUCAGCUCCCAUUCAUUUUAAUGGGGCUGUGCAUUGACAUACCUGAUAGGAAACGAUGACGUAUGGAUUCUUCCACUUCUUGGGCCUGUCCUGAAUGGGGCAUGCUGGGACGAGAGUGGGGAAGUGAUUUAAAGGAUCCAGGCAACCUCAGGCCAGAGGAACCCUUUGAAUGCCCCCAGUCAUCCAUCCUCCCUGCCGCCCCCCCCUCGCCGCUCCCCCCCCCCAUGCACAAUUCCACAUCCUGUUCCUCAGCUCCAGCUCUCAGGCUUGUUAGGCUCAAACUGUUCAGUUUUCUUCCCCCAAUAAAUGCUGGCCCAAUAAAGCCACUGGUUUGCACGGCAGUUUGUGAGUAGGCACCCCACCUUCACUAGUCAGCAACCGUUUACGAGCCCACACACAUCUUUGACACCCUUCCCCAUGCACAGGAACUCUACCCAAACAUUUACAACACAGGCUGCCCUGUUUUAUUUCAUUUUGCCACCAUGCGGUGCUUCUCCCGUCUCCCAUCCAGCACACUCAUUCGCCUAGCUCCCCACUGGAAGAGACAAGCACCCCCUUGUGCCUUCCAUCUCCCCCCUCCAAAUAAAUGAGGCGUUUCCAUACUUUUAAGGGGCUCUGUCUGCAUUUCCAGUGGGGAUCAUGGGGGUGGGGAGAGAAGGGGGGCUUCCUGGCCUACCUGGUGAAGCAGACAGGGGAAGCAUUGAGAGAAAAGCAUGCGCAGGAUGGUUGUAUAGAGCCCCUAUUGACUAGCCCUGACCUCUGCCCCCAGCAGCUGGGCAGUGGCCGUCUUCUACUAUUCCUGCUGGCAAGCAUCCCUUGCAGCUUCCUGCUCGACAGCCUUGAUGACGACGAACUGCUGCUGGCGACAUCCCAGCCCAUGGGAGGCAUCCCAGCCCAGAACGUGCCUGGCUGCCCAGCCAACUGCACCUGCCCAGCAGAAGAGACAGUGGACUGUGGUGGCCUUGACCUGCACAUCUUCCCCAGCAAUAUCUCUGCAGGCAUCCAGCAUCUUUCACUGCAGGUGGUGGAGGGGAUCCUGGGCAGAAGCGGAGGGUGGCCUUGUUGGGUGGGAGUAUGUCAGGGGCUGGCAGGAUGUUGAGGACUGUGCACUGGGGGGGAAGAGGGGCUGGUGUCUGACUCGAGAGAUGAGGGCAGUGGGUUGUGGGGGCUUGUACAAGCCAGGAGGCAAGAAUCCAAGGUAGGGGGAGCUUCAGAGCUGGAGGAAGAGGAGGCAAGCAAGGGAAGGGGUGGGUGCUUCCCUACCCUCUCCUGCACCACUGUCUCCCAGAACCAGGAGAGUACUGAAGCGGGAAGAGCAAAGGCAGCUUCCACACAGGCAUAGUCUCCAUUUGCAUGUGUGCAGCCUGACAGUGGAAGGUAAAUAAAUGGGUGGAGGGGGAGCAGUCCCUAGUUGCUGCAACUGCUCCAUAGAGUGUGGGCCUGGGAAUAGCUGCCUAGACACUAGAUUGGUGUAUCCAGAGCUGUAGAAGCAACAGCAAGUGUUACCUUUGACAAUAAAGAGUUACUGUAUUUUUCGCUCCAUAAGACGCGCAGACCAUAAGGCGCACCUAGUUUCGGGAGGAGGAAAACAAGAAAAAAUUAUUCUGAAUCCCAGAAGCCAGAACAGCAAGAGGGAUCUGGCUUCUGGGAUAACCGCGCCAAGCCUCUUCAGGGCAACGGGAUUAAGGCUUCCCCUGCCCGAAGAGGCUGCGCAUGGCUAAGGCAGAAGCCAAGACAGGCGCAUCGCUGAAGGGGCGCUGCACAGUUCUCCCUCUCUGAGAGGGAGAACUGCACAGCGCCUCUUCAGCGAAGCUGGAGAAGGAACAGAAGGAGUCCCUUAAGUUCCUCCUCUGGCUUCGCAGGACAGGCGCUGCGCACAGAGUGAGAGCUGCGCAGUGCCCCUUCAGCGCAGCUCUACCUCUCUGUGCAGCGCCAUUUGCUCCAUAAGACGCACUCACAUUUCCCCUUACUUUUUAGGAGGGAAAAAGUGCGUCUUAUGGAGCGAAAAAUACGGUAACUUUCUGCAAUGGGCUUUCUUUUGCCUAGGAAGUAUGGAACUGCAGGAGAUCAGGAGCCACCCAGAUCAGAGUCCAUGUGAAUGCCUUGCCACUCAUUCUGACCACCUGCUGGUUUUCUUUCUGCAGAACAACCAGUUGCAGGAGCUGCCCUACAAUGAGGUGUCCCGACUGGCUGGCCUGAGAACCCUCAAUCUACACAACAACCACAUCACCUCUGAAGGUGAGCAGACCCAAGAGAGCAGGGUGUUCCCUGGCAUUUUGAAGGAUUGUUAGCUUUUCAGGGGACCCUCAGCCCCUCCCUCCAGUACAUGAAUACUUGUCUCCUAGUUGACCAAAGAUGCUUGUUCCCUUGAGAAGUGGAUGGGUUGAUUGUUGUAAGGAAACGGUUCAUGCUCAGUCCAUCCCUUGGAGUUGUGGUGCUCCAAAUGAAGGAGCUGUUAAUUAGCAACCCCCUUCAGAUCCAGAGCUGGCUGCACGUGAACCAGCAAGAGAUCGCAAGACCAUCACUGCUGCUGCUUGGGCAUAUAUCUUGUGGGUAGAGUCGGUAGAGGGCAUGAAUCCCAAAUCUGCCUUUUUCUGAUGUGUCCCGUUUUAAAGGUCUCCCAGAUGAAGCCUUUGAGUCCCUGCAAUCGCUUCAGUACAUCUACCUGGCCAACAAUAAGGUGAGUUGUGUUUUAGGAAGGGUUUGAUCUUCAUAGCCACUGAAUUCUGUUGCUGGUAGGAUUCACUAAGGGACGGGUAGGCAAGGUGUUGCACCCCAUACGUUGCUGAACUUCAGUUCCCAUCAUUCCUGGCUGGGGCUGAUGAGAGCUGGAGUCCCAUAACAUCUACGUGGAGAGAUCGGGAGGUUUCCCAUCUGUGAUACAGUCCAGCGUUAUUUGCAAGAAUCUCAGCCACCAGCAGGCGCUUGCCUUCUGCACAUCUUUUUCAGAAUGCUUCCAUCUUUGUUGGAUAUGUAUCUGAGAUGCUUCAAGAUAUUGUGAGAGGGAGCAAAAACACAUUAGUAAAUUCCAGAGGGGCAGCCAAAAAACACAUGCCUAGAUAUAGAGAAAAAGGGUCACAGAAUGCAAGACGACAUCUUUGACAUUUCUGUGCAAAGCUCCAAUAUAUUCAAAGUAAGAACAGUGAUCAUUCAAAGCAGGUGUAAUUGGGGAUAAUUUAUUACAUUUUUAUCUUGCCCUACGUGAGCUCAGAGCAGCACCCAAGAUUCACCCUCCAGGAAUGCACAAGUCCUUAUGGAAGGAUGUUUUGAGAUAGGUGUGAUCGGCUCUGUAAGAGAAGUGCUAUGCAUGAAAAAUUCAAUAUAUUGCUUUGUAGGUUCACUGAAACAGUUAGGAGACCAUGUGAAGAUAAUCAUGUUAUGACUCUUCAUUAUUCAGUGUGUGUAUUAUAAUUAAUUAAUUAAAUUUCUAUACCACCCUUCAUCAGAGGAUCACAGGACAGUUUACAGUAUAAAAAACAAUGUGCAUAUAUGUUUGUUUGCACAUCCCGUUCUACCACCUUACAAGAUAAGUUAGGCUGAAUGGCCCUCACAUGGCUGGGGAGGGGAUUGAAUCUGUCCACUCAAAAGUGAGUUCCAUUGAGAGGGAAUAAUGGGAACCAUUCACUUCCAUGGAAAGGAAGCAAAGGGGGGCACUCAAGGAUAGCACUGAGGGGCUUAUCAUGCUUGGUAUCCCAGCACCUUUGGGAAUCAAGCCUGCUCCUGUUUGCGUAGCCCCAUCCUGUUUCUUGUUCACUCCAGAGCAAGGUUUCCCAAGCUUGAAUCUCCAGAUGUUUUGGGACUACAAUUCCCAUCAUCCCUGACCACUGGCCCUGCGAGCAGGGGAUGAUGGGAGCUGUAGUCCAAAAACAGCUGGAGACCCACGUUUGGGAAACCUUGCUCUAGAGGGUACUGGAAUGUUGAGAAACGGCUUCUGUAUGUGGGAAGCUUGUUCUUGCUAUGGCACACAGUUCUAAAACGUGGUUUUGCAUUUUCUCCUUGAGUCUUCCACGGAGCAGGCAAGCAGGCUGCAUGUUUUACCACCACUUUGAAAUCUGAAAGGACCUUUCUGCUGAUGUGUGGCUGGGCCUGGCCGGCCAGUUCUUAGGCUGCUAUGUUUCUGGCUGCUUCCCCUCUGAACAGGCCAUGGGUGGGUGUGGAUGUACGAAGCUGGAGUCAGUUCAACAUCUUUCUGCAUCUCAGGGUGGAUGACCCUUGCGGUCCCUUCCACCUUUUAUUAUUUUGUGAAUCUAUGUGUUUAUUUCCAGCUUUCGGUGGCGCCGCAGCUCCUACCCAGCACUCUGCGGAUCGUGGACCUUGCAGCAAACCACCUGACUCGUGUCUACCCAUUUACCUUUGGGCAUAAACCUGGCCUCAGGUAAAAGUGGGACAGAGGACUGGUACACAUUCCAACAUAAGCAAGACCACAGAGUGUUGGCAGACACCCUUUGGCAUGAUAUUGCUUAUUACAGGGAUCCCAGUAAGAGAGAAAGUUAUACUGUACUGUACUUUCUGAAAAUAAGAGACAGCUAGAAGCCACACCCUCUGCUCAAGAGGCUUGCUGAGGUUAUGAAAUGAGGAAGAAAGGCACUCUGCAUCUGCUCAGAGGCACCCUCUACUGCUCCCCUUACAUCAGGUUACUUAUUUCUCACUUGCGGGUAGGGUGGAAGCAGGGUGACCUAUGGGGUUCCCCCAGGGAGGAAAAGAGCUUGGAGAGAGCACACAAAUGCUUGGCAGGGAAAGGGUGAAGCAGCUAUCCUCUCCCUUGUCCCCCCCCCCGACCCCAAUCCAGCCUUAAAGCCACAAACAGCUGCCUUAUAUCAAAAUAAAAUUGGAGGUGGGAGGGUUCUUAGGGAAUUCUUAGAUGCAGGUAUACAUAUGAAGAAUGUGCUGUGUGAAUCAGGCUUGAUCCAUUAUAGAGGCCAAGGACUGCAGCAAGACUUUGCUUUAGGAAAAGAAGAUGCUCUUCCUUCAGGAUCACCAGCCCAGUGUCAAGCUCAGGGGAUAGUGUUAAGUUGUGGGUGAACAUAUCAGACGACACAGCGAUUCUUCAGACAGCUCUUGUUUAUUCACAGGCCAGAACAGAACUAAACUGAAGGGUUCAGUCAGCCUGCUUAUAUAGAGCUCCAGUACAACGUAACUGUAACAAUUUUCUAAAACUAUCCAAUCACUGAACGUCACUUUCAAUCCCUUAUUUGCAUAACUAUCUACAGUAUCCCCCUGCUGGCCCAGGGUGAGAACUUCAGUACAUAACAGAUAGCAUUUAGAUCCAGGAUGGGGUGCUGCCCCUAGGACUCAAUGAGGCCAGCCCACGAGGUGGCACUCCUAACCUGUCCCUUACCUUUCCCCCCACAGGUCUGUUUAUAUGCACAACAACCAGCUGAACAACACAGGUCUGCCCUUUGAUGCCUUCAACGGCUCCGAUGCCGUGAGCACCCUCAUCCUCUCCAACAACCUGCUCACUUACGUGCCCCAGAACCUGCCCCGUGCCAUCGUCCGCCUCCACUUACAGGUUGGCAGCUGAGAUUCCCCACCUGGAUGGUAUAGAAGCAGAGGCUUGCUUCAGGCAGUCAAGAGAACAGAGCCCAUCCAUGAACAGGGGAGCUGAGGGAGAGAAGGGGAGUCGGGAGCCCCAGAUUUUAGCUCAAGGAGAAUGGGGCCCAGCAGUUAGGACAGGAAAGUUGCAGUACUAAACCCAGAGCCUUUGUUUGCCUGACUCUUCAGUGCCAAGCCCCACCAGUUGUGGAAUUGGAUUGGCGCUGUGGGUUAAACCACAGAGCCUAGGACUUGCCGAUCAGAAGGUCAGUGGUUUGAAUCCCCGCGAUGGGGUGAGCUCCCCUUGCUCGGUCCCUGCUCCUGCCAACCUAGCAGUUCGAAAGCACGUCAAAGCAAGUAGAUAAAUAGGUACCGCUCCGGCGGGAAGGUAAACGCCGUUUCUGUGCGCUGCUCUGGUUCGCCAGAAGCGGCUUAGUCAUGUUGGCCACAUGACCCGGAAGCUGUACGCCGGCUCCCUCGGCCAAUAAAACAAGAUGAGCGUCGCAACCCCAGAGUCGGUCACGACUGGACCUAAUGGUCAGGGGUCCCUUUACCUUUACCUUAUGUUCAUUUAGAACAUUUUCAAAGACACUUGCCCUUAAUCUCACAGAUGUUUAGUGAAAAACAAAUCCCACUUAGUUCAAUGGCAUUUACUCACAUUUACUCUACCGCUGGCCUGCCCCCAAAUAGUUGGUUUUUAGUUUUACUCAAUAGGGUGGGUGGGUGUGUUUUACUUCCCUACAAAACAAAAACAAAACUCUAACAAUAAAGCUCACACACAACUCCCUACAAAUAGAAAAGGGCAAAUCUUUGCUCCCUGACAUAAUGGAAAGAUAAUAUCUAAAAAAUAUAUCCUCUCUUAGCAUCUAUUCACAACCCAACGCCUAGGCUGGUGGGGUGGGAGCAGUGGAGGGGAUCCUCCUUAACCACUAGGCUCCACUUUGCAGAACAACCGCAUCUCCCGCAUCCCGAAAGGGGCCUUGAGCAGCCAGUGGCGCCUCCGGGAGCUCUACCUGCAGAACAACAACCUGUCCAAUGAUGGUCUUGACCCCUCCACCUUCAGGUGACUGUUUUGUUUUGUUUUUAAUGGGGCUCCCCUGGUGGGUAUGAGUGACGGAGCCAAGAGCCAGGGUUGCUGGGUUUCCCGUGGCCAGCUCUGGGGAACUGGAAGACUACAGGAGAGCGGAUGCUGCUUUGGCGGGUCUCCUAAUGUUCAGCUCUUGAUUCUCUAUAGCCGGCUGAAGAGCCUGGAGUACUUGGAUCUUUCCAACAACAACCUGACGCAGGUGCCUGCCGGCCUCCCCCCAAACAUUGCAAUCCUGCACCUGGGCCGGAACCACCUGAGCCACCUGCCCCCCGAGCGCCUGAGCCGUGUGCGGGGUCUCCAGUACCUCCUGCUGCAGAGCAACGCCCUGACCGCCUCGGGAGUCCACCCCGAGGCCUUUGCCCGCCUUCGUUCCCUCCACACGCUGCACAUGUACAACAACCGGCUGGAGCAUGUCCCGCCCGGACUUCCGCGCAGGGUCCGUUCCCUCAUGCUGCUGCACAACCAGAUUGCGCACAUUGGGCUGCAGGACUUUGCGGCCACCUACGCCUUGGUCGAGCUCAAUCUCAGCUACAACCAUCUCUACAGCGCCCACAUCCAUCGCCUGGCCUUCCGCAAACUGAGGCGCCUGGAGACCCUGGACAUUUCGGGCAACCAGCUCACGCUCCUGCCGGCGGGGCUCCCCUUCAGCCUUCAGGUCCUCAAUCUUCAGAAAAACCAGCUCAACUCCCUCUCUCCAGAGCGGCUGGUCAACCUCACGAUGCUCAAGGAGUUACACCUGGCCCACAACCGCCUGCGGAUCAGCGGCAUCUACCCAGGCACUUGGCAAGAGCUGCAUGGACUCAAGGUGAGGCUGCCGGCACCUGGGUGCCCUUCUGUGUGCUCCAGUGGCUUAGAAGCUGGUUUUAGGACAACAAUAACACAACUAAGGCUCCACAGUAAAACAGUCUCUGGGCUGGAUUUUUUCCUAAUCUGGGCAUGGGGAGAUCUGCAUGGAAACCAGGAGCCAUCCUGGGGAAAGCGGGAACAAGUGUAAGGCAGGGCCUUUGUCCUUAGGUACUAAGGAAAGCAUAUUUUUCUCCUCCUAUGCUGCCUAGAAUUUGGGGGUCACCUAAAGAAGUUGAGCGGGACGCGGGUGGCGCUGUGGGUAAAACCUCAGCGCCUAGGACUUGCCGAUCGCAUGGUCGGCGGUUCGAAUCCCUGCGGCGGGGUGCGCUCCCGUCGUUCGGUCCCAGCGCCUGCCAACCUAGCAGUUCGAAAGCACCUCUGGGUUCAAGUAGAUAAAUAGGGACUGCUUACCAGCGGGAAGGUAAACGGCGUUCCGUGUGCUGCGCUGGCUCGCCAGAUGCAGCUUGUCACGCUGGCCAUGUGACCCGGAAGUGUCUGCGGACAGCGCUGGCUCCUGGCCUACAGAGUGAGAUGAGCGCACAACCCUAGAGUCAAGACUGGCCCGUACGGGCAGGGGUACCUUUAAAGAAGUUGAAAGGGACGCAGGUGGUGCCAUCGGUUAAACCACAGAGCCUAGGACUUGCCAAUCAGAAGGUUGGCAGUUCGAAUCCCCGCGACAGGGUGAGCGCCCGUUGCUCGGUCCCUGCUCCUGCCAACCUAGCAGUUCGAAAGCAUGUCAAAGUGCAAGUAGUUAAAUAGGUACCGCUCCGGCGGGAAGGUAAACGGCGUUUCCGUGCACUGCUCUGGUUCUCCAGAAGCGGCUUAGUCAUGCUGGCCACAUGACCUGGAAGCUGUACGCCGGCUCCCUCGGCCAAUAAAGCGAGAUGAGCGCCGCAACCCCAGAGUCGGUCACGACUGGACCUAAUAGUCUGGGUCCCUUUACCUUUACCUUAAAGAAGUUGAAUUGCUGUCAGUUCAGGGCAGACUAGAGGAAGUGUUUCUUCACACAAUGCAAGACAAAUUUGCAGGAUGCACUGGCACAAGCCAUGGCCACGACUUCACACUUUGCAAAGGGAUUAGACAAAUUCAUGUAGGAUGACAACUAUUAACCAUGACCAUGACGAGGACUCUCCAUACACAGAUGAUGCAAGUUCUCCCUCUGAAUAUUGUAUGCUGGCGAUUGUGGGGGCAGGGGGCUUGUGAGCUGGAUGCAUCUAAUGGAACCAGCAAAGGAAUUAUUUCAUUUCUCUGAAAAGUCUGGCAUAUCAGUUUUGUGCUGUGCAAUGUGAGUUUUGCCAACACACAAACGACAGCAGAUGUUGGUCUUCUAUAAUGGCUUUUCCCUGGAGAAACAUGGGUUUUAUCUCUCUCAGAAUAUGCCUAAAACCUGGAUUCGCUGCAAUAUAAUUGCAUGUGCUCUGUUAGUCCUCAAGCCCCUGCUUAAAAGUACUCAAAAUUCAGCAUGUUUCUAUAGUGACUGUUUUCCCGCUAAUGUGGGCUUCUGCUCCCAGCUACUGGACUCUGAGCUUAUUCACACUUACCUUUCGCCCUGCUCUUUCCAGGCACAGGUCCACGCUUAAAAGCUCUGUGUCUGAGCAGUUUUAUUUUAUCCCCACCCCCCAUGCUUUCUCUGUGAAAACAUGCUCUUUAGUGCUCAAUUGGAGCAAAUGUCAGUUCAGGGUCUCCAUGGAUUGCCAUUUGCCCUGACUGAGCUUUAAAGAGCAGGUUUUCGCAGUGAAAGAUCUGGAGCAAAAAAGAAGGGUGCUCAGACACAGAGAUUUAAGGGGCGGACGAUGCCUGGAAAGAGCCAAGGAAAGAUAAGUGUGGAUAAGCCCAUUCUCUUUCAGUUUUUGUUUGAGUAACUCUCAGAACACAGGCAAGAGUAUGGCUCCUACAAAUCCUGCUUAAAGCAUUUGGAUGCUAGAAACAUGGAACUAUGUUUGAGCCCUAAGGCAGGCAUGGCCAAACUUGGCCCUCCAGAUGUUUUGGGACUACAACUCCCAUCAUUCCUGACCACUGGUCCUGUUAGCUAGGGAUGAUGGAAGUUGUAAUCCCAAAACAUCUGGAGGGCCAAGUUUGCCUAUGCCUGCACUAAGGGGAACUACCAGUUGUUCUCCUGCACUGGCCAACUUAGGGCUACAGUGCUCUUAUGCCACUCCAGCUGAUUUCAGUGGUGCGUAUAGAAGAAAACCAAAUGAUUGUGUUGUUGUCACUCACAACCCAGGUCAGAUCUGCCUAUGUCCAGUACCUGCUGCCCUUAAUGAUGCUCCAGAUCUGGCAGGAAUCUCUGGGACUCCAACAUUUUAUUGAUUUUGCUUUCCCAGCUCCUGGAUCUGAGCUAUAAUGAGCUGUCCUAUGUUCCACCAGACCUACCAGAAUCACUAGAAUAUCUAUACCUGCAGCAUAACAGGAUUGCUGUCAUUAUGGCUGAGGCCUUCCUCACAGCACCCAACAUCCGUGUCAUCACUCUCAGGUAAGGGAAAUGACAAUUGACUACAAGAGUUUGGAUAGACACUCAGAUAUGCAGAUUAUAUUACAUGCCCACUUCUCAUAAAGGAGGAAGUGUGUGUGUGUGUGUGUGUUUGUUGCGCUUUAAACUACAAUGUAAUCCAGGGGUCUGAAUUGCUGUUGUCUAUAUUUUAAAGGUGGAAUGCUUCAAACAAAAUGCCAUGCCUGUGUUCUUUGCACAUUUAGUCUACACCUGAAAUCUGCAGAAAUGCAAGCCAAAUUCUACACCAAGAAAAGUUAGAGUACCUGCUUGAGUACUUCGCACAAUUUAUUCUGUUUGAGUACUUCGCACAAUUUAUUCUGCAACUUUGCACACUAAUUCUGAUUUGUUAUUCAUGGAGAGGAACCACUGUUACUCCAUCCUCUAACCCCUGAAAAAUUUACUUCCUUUCCAAGACUUGCAUCUUGAGUUUUUGCAGGAGGCUGAGAGUCAUAUAUUCACCUUCACUUUAACAUCUUCAAAAGAAGAUGAUAAAACAUUUGGGACAAACUUCUAUGUGACUGAGCAUCAUACAUAAUUCAGCCCAAAAUAUCCCCAUAGCAAGUGGGUGGCAGGACAUUUCAUCUCUCUCUCUCCCACCCCCCUCACUAACUGAUACCUGUCAGUAUAUCCAUAUAUCUGUGCAUUUGUAGAUUUCAGCAGAUGUUGGACAUUCACUGUAACAUUAAAUCAUUUACUAACAAACGAAAACAGAAAUAGUGAAUAUAAAAAUUGUGACUGGAACUAGAUGGAAAAGUAGUUGUAAAACCCCCCCAAUAAAAUGUUGUUGGACUCUGCAGUUAAUUAUGAUACUCAUACAUACUGUGUAUAUAUGAGCCAUAUAAUACCAGAUAUUUCAUAGGACGUUGAUAAGAGAUUUUAUAUUCUUAUUCUUAUUUAUUAGAUUUGCAUAUCAUCCUUCAUCCAAAGAUCGUAGUGUAGUUCACAAAAUAAAAAUACAAAAUGGGAAUACAAAAUGCAUAAAAGAAAAACAAUCCAUUCUGCAUUAGAAAAUAAAUGAUUGCUCAUCAUGAAGCAGGAAACCUUUCAUUGUGUCUACCAUAAUAGGUGUUGCUUUCUCUGUUGAGUGAGGGCCAUUUUCUGUCCCCUCCCCGCUUCCACAAAUACUGUGCUGCUUGCUGACAUGAAUCAAAACUCUGAACAGAAGAUAAUGAGUGUGAUGUUAACAUAUGAGAGUGCUGGUGGUGAAAUAGUUAAACAGGUUACCCAAUCAGAACCCAGGGGGGUUGGAGUCAGAGGGACUAUAAAACCAGCUCUGGAAGGGACGAAGAGAGUUCGUUGGGUGGUUGGUUGGAGUGGGAGUGAAUUGGGGUAGAGUCUGUGGGGAGGUUGAGUUAAUGUAGCGAAAUAAGCUGAGUCAGGAACAGUUAGGAGCUAGGAAGACAAGGAAAUAUCUGAGAGGUGGUUUAGUGAGUGAGAGCAGGCAGUGGAAGUUAUAGGUCUGGAUAGGCACCCCAUGAAUGUAAUUGACCGAUACAGUUUAUGAAACCUCACGCUUGUUAAACUGCAAUAAAUAAACAGAAGUUUAUGUUCCAAUUUAACCCUGACUGGACUCAGUAUUGUACCAGGUAGGGCCUGGGUGGCGGCAGCGAGAAAUAAAGUGGUGGCACAGGGAUCAAUAGACGGUGAAAUGUCCAGGGACCCUGUGUGAUCGCCACAAUGAGUUUAUCUGGAUCUUGGUCACAGAUUUCAUUAAGUAAAUUUAGAUACAGGGGUACCUAAUUUGAGUGGUGAUGCUGCUUGGGCAGUCUCCUGAACUCUGCUCAGGGAAAACCAGUUCCUUGUUUGGAGAGGAAGCUGGCCAGUCACAGCUCCAAUUGGUUGAUUGGUGACACGACAAGGAAGACCUAUCUAUAAAGCACCCAGAGAACUUUACAAUCUGGGGCAGCAUGGAAAUGUCAUACGGAAAGAAAAACGUGCUUUAAAACAGCAUGAAUGAAUACGUAUUUAAUUUACUAGAUAUGCACGCAGCACUUUCAAAAUAUAUUUGGACCAGAAUUCCUCAAACUCCAAGCCCCGUUUGGAUUUCAGAACCUUUGUAAACCAGCAAAUUCAUUAAAAAGAGUAAAAGUUACAAGCUAUGUUUUAAUUUGAGAAGUCCACCAACUGGAAAGGCCAUUUAACAGAAAAUGGAUGGCAACUGAGAAAAGCAGAUACUGCUGCUACAGACAGCGUUACGGCUGUACACAUUUGCAGUCAAGUUGGUACCUCGCUUCCUAAUAAACAUGCAUAGGGUUGUGCUGUGACAGUAUCACAUUUCUGACUCCUUUGAAUUAAAUCCAUCCUCUGGAGCUGUUUCAAAGUUCCAGGAACUGUGUUGUAGUUGUUUUUUUUAAAAAACAAACGCUCACAUAUCAGCGCUUUCCCCAUUUCACACACAAAUCCUCCUUUGUUUUCUAGAUCCAACCGUUUGUUGGCAGCCAACGUGUCGGAAGCUGCAUUUGCAGACCUGAAACUGCUGGAGGUAGUAGACACCACCGGGAAUCCAGAACCUAUCACCAUCUCUCUGCUGCAAGCUGGGCCCUGGGUCCGCACCCAGAUGGGUACCUAAGGAGGUUGCCUAGAACAGGUUAGCCUUUGAGCUGUGGCAAAGCUGUGGCAAUGUGACUUCAUAAACUAAGUCACUCUAGUUUCCAGCUUUUGCUGGGAUUGUUGACCACUAAGAACGUAGUGAUCCGAAGCUCUCCAAACAUAAACUUGUAUUACACGUCUGCUGUAUUUGUGACUAACACAAGCUCUGUGCUGAACUGCACAAGGGCUGGAGCAUUAGUUUGGCUUCUGCAGGAGCAAGUGGUUAGAAACAGGUAUAGCCCACUAUUUUCCAUCAAGACCAGUAGGUGCAGUAUAGCUGCUGCAGGUGAAGCCAUCUGCUGCUUAGCACACAUUCACUAUAGUGCUUGGGUUGGGCACCAUUUUGUGACUCCAUUUUUAUAUUUAAAAAUUGAGCUUUUGCUAAAACACUUUUCUGGGACUUUUUAAAAGUGCUAGAACAUCACACACUAAAAUGCUAAUUCACUGUGGUGUUAUAGCAAUAUUACACAAUAUUACACAACUCUGGUUUCUGGGCGGGACUUCUCCUUUUUGUCCUAUGUCCCCACAGUGGAAGGAUGUGUGGAUCUAGAAUUGGCCUCCACAGUAACUUACAGACUCGCUGUUAAGACUGUGUUCAUGGAAGACAAUCUUACUCAGCUACGAGUGAUCGCCAAAGAAGACACAAUAUGACAACAACACCAUAAUGUUAUAGUGUUAUACUGUACUUCUUUCAUAAAAAGCUCAUAGUAUAAAGUAUCGAUUUUAUUGAUCAUAAAAUGGUGACCACCACAAAAGCAGUAAGAAAAAUGUGCCCACAGCUGUGAUCAUUGCCCAGAAGAGUAACUCUAAAGGCAUCAACACCUGUGGAGAAUGUGCUCCUUUUCCAUUCUGAAAAAGUCUGUGUUCUGAGAAAAGACAGAAGAACCAAAGGAAAAUAUGAAAUAGGAAUGACUGGAUGACAGUGUUGUGUGUGCUCACUUUAAAAAGAGGACUUGCUUUUAGUGUCUUGGCUACAUGAUGUCCCCACUGUCAUUAUGAACAUGGUCAUCCUCUGGGGGGUGUCAGAUCCAGCUGACAGAACCUCUUUCUUUUGCAGAUCACCAUCCUACACUUCCUUUCUACCGCUGCCUGUCCUCGGGCAUCUCUACCAGGAUGGCUCAGCCCACCUGCAGCCUUCUGGAGAGGUUUGCACUGCCCAGUGUUUGUCCUUCAGCCAGUUGCACAGAGCAGAGCCUCUACAGUAUGCCCUGUCUGCUUCUCUAAGGUGCAGGACUCAGCUACAGCUUUUCAGGUCGAGAGAGACAAGAUGAAGAUACAAGAUUUCUCCAAUUCUAGCUACUUCUGGAGCCUGAUCUUCAAUGGAUCUGUGUUUAGCCUAGGGCUAAGCAACGGCACUGGCAAAGCUGAAGUUUCCGUGGACUAGGACCAAAGAGGCAGCCAAGGCUAGCUAAAGGUAUUUGCGUGCCCCUGCUUGGCUCCCGUUAUUUGGAAACAGAGUUGCUUAGGACAACGCAAGCAUCCGCCAGGGCACCUAUGUUCUACUCCUUCUUCUGCCUUGCUCCUCAAACAGGUGCACCCAAACCGUCCCUGUUGGGUGACAGAGGUGUUACCUAAUCUAGACAACCAAGUUUAUCCCUUAGAGUAAAUGCAAACUUGUUUUCUGCGUGUCACAAGCCCCAGCGCCGGUCCAGCUCUUCUUCGCAAGGGAGGAGAUGAAUAGAAUCCAUCACACAGAACCAGCUGGCAGCUUCUGGAUGCCCCACAUGGGCAAAUGUUUGAGUAAAUCUCAAGACAACAUGGGGAGGGGAGGCUCCAUAGUUAAGAAACUGGGUUUUGAGCCCAGAUUCAUCACAAGCCUUUGGUUUCCCCUGUAGAAAGGCCAGGCAACAUCACCCUAGCCAGGAUCACAUGAGUCACAGCUGGAACGAGGGAAUCCAUGUAGGGAACCAGGAAAGACUUUAUUCAUCCUGAAAGUCAACGUCUACCUGCUUUUCAAGGCCACCCUCCUCUCUCUGUCCUCCACACCAUCUCAUCUCACUUGAAACUAAUGUUGGCUUAGUGGAUUGUGCGAGGGCUUUUGUGGGGGGUGCAGUUUGCACCUUACUUGCAGAUUGCUGGGAAGCAAGAGAUGUUUCAGUUUGAAGUGAGAAGAGGGAUGACUUGCAAGAUUCCACAUGAAUGACCGUCUCAUUGCCCAGAUGACCCAAUCAACACAACCCAGAAGAAAAUGAGGUUUCAACAAGGUUUAUUAUUGGUGCAAGAUUCCAGUACGUCUUUUUUACAGAGGUUUUUAGAACUCCCCCCACCCUAAAAACUUUAUAUAUUUAUGUCACUCCAAGCAUAAAAUAAAAGCCGUAACACAGUCAGAUUCACGGCCUCUGGUUUUUAGCAUUGGCUUUCAACGCCUCUGGCUGAGCAACAACCAUGGAGGUAGGCACUUGUAUAAAAAUCCAAUUUCCCUAAUACCAAAGAGGGGGUGGUAAGAAUGGGGGUCAGGAAAGAAAGGCUGCCUGGAGCAUUUGUUUCCCUUUAUCGUUCCUCUGUCCAGGGACGUGAGAAGUUAAAUUUUGGUUUAAAAAGGAAUUGGGCAGGGGCAGGAGUGCAAGAUCUCACCCGCAGCUCGUCACCUCAACCAUCCUGAGCAGCAGCAACCCUGAGUUAAUUUCUUACCCUUUAAAACAUCUUUAACCUAAUAUAGGAAACAGAACACUUUCAUAAAAGGUCACAUUUCCAGCUGCCCAAGGGGAGCCCAGACCCCCCACAGGGCCACACCAAUGUGCCCCAGUGCAGAAAGAGGACACCCCACAGACUACAGCAGCAUGCCUCCCCCAACUGCAGGGACUACAGAGAGGAUGCGGGAUACUCCAUCCAACACGCCAAGAAACUGGCAAUUACUUAACACCACCCCCCACCAGGAAAGACACAUGGUCUGGGCCAGGGGCCAGCACAAGCCCUGCUCCAAGCUGCAGCCAAUGGACUGUGUCUUACAAGUCUCUGCGCACCAGAACAGAGCUGGCGCUUGAGCAACCUAGUUGUCAACAGGCCGCUGCUGGGGGACGGAAGCCGCCUCUAUGCUCUCCCUCACCUGUCUCUUAUGCUGUUCUCUAGCAGGGGCAGGUAGUCUCAGCCCUGUGUUUCUUCCUUUGGCAGCCCAAAGGCAGUAACAUUAAUUGCAACAAUAAUUUAAAAAAGCAGGCAGCCCUCUCAGAGAUCAAGACCCAGCAACAGUCGUUGAGCUCAGUCAUUUUUCUUACUUGGAAAUGGGCCGCACAGAUAGCAGGGGCAGGGGCAGAUGCUGGUCAAGAAGGAUGCCCUCUUUGCAGGGUCUUCCACCACAGACAUCUGAAGGAACCCAAAGUAGGUUCAGAGGCUGGGUUCUCACGGGAGCCGGCAAGCAAGGCGUCACGCCAGCAUCCUGCUAGGUCCUCUUGGCCACUCAGGAGGGAUCAGGUCAGUUAAAAGCUGCGAGCUAUUAGCUCUCUACAGCCCCCAAAGAAAUAAACCCAUAGAAGGGCAAACAAGCAGAGCUCAUGAGAGGUAUAGGUGCAAAGUGCCUGGUGCAAUGGAGGAUUGAUGUAGAAGGCAUAGAGGGGCAGCAAAGGGGGCAUUGAGCUGAGUGCAGACCACAUAGGCUGGGGGAUAUACUAGAAGGUGCCAAAUUCCUAAAUGAGUCAAUUCGGUGCAUGUUGAAUAAUGUGGGGCCUUCUCUCUGGGGCUGAGGAGGCAAGAUGCUCUGAGCAUAUCUGCAGUGCAAGUUUAAGAGAGCUGCAAGCUUCUCUCUUGCUGACACAAUAACUCUGGACCAAGGAACUCUGGGCACUGAAGUUCCAUCAAGGGGCUUUUCUACUCAGCACUCUCUCAAAACUAUCACUCCCAGGUUACUAUGCGGUGGGGAGCCAUUGGAGCUAAACCUGUUUCAAGCUGUAAAUGAGGGUGCACCCAGCAGCUGCCGCUAGAGCAGCUGGGAAAACAAGGAGAAAGGGAGGGGGGUUCUUUCCCUUCUCCCUGCUGAGAAAGUGGCUCAUUAUGGACCUUGGGGAGGCUGGGCUGAGCCAGAGGACAGAGUGCCAAGGCAACCGUCACAUGGAUUGUCUCCAGCUAGCAGUGUCACAUAACCUGCUCCACUGAUGGGGAAACUAAAGGAGUCUCCAUUCAUUCUUAUUUACCCAGCAAAGGCUAGAAAAAGCCCACCGCCAGAGGUGCUUUGCAGCAUUGCCGGUCCAUCAGCAUACAUGGAGCCCUCCCCACCCUGCUCUCCAAACCCCCGUUCUCCUGCAGCGGGGAAAAGGCCACGUAGGAAGAGAGCAGUUGCUUGACCCGGCGAUUCCAAGACUUCCACAUUUCCGCCACUUUCUUCAUUUGCGAAACUUCUGCAGCUGGAAGGCAAAUGGGUUUGCCAGUCAGUGCUUCUGCCACCAUGGUCUCUUUCAGGAAACGGAAGGGCACAAACCAGGGAAGGGGAACCUGCGGCAGCCCUCCAGGUGCUGUUGGUCUCCCAGCACCUGGUCAGCAGGGCCAACGGUCAGGGAUGGCGGGAGCUGUAGGCCAGCAACACCUGGAAGACCACAGGACCCCCAGCCUUGGCACCAAGAGCACCAUUGAUUGAUUCUGGACAUUUAUAGAUUGCCCUCUCAUCAAAUUUCCAGGGUGGGCCACAAAAAAGGAAAGCAAAGCUGUUGAGUAACAAGCAGCCAAUAAGUCUAAUUAAUCAUCAUAAGCUGCCACCCAGAGCUUCUUGGAGGAAAGGGGGUGAAUAUAUGAAGUAAAUCAAUAAAAACAGUGAAUGUUGCAAUGCAGAUCUCAAAGCAGCAUAACAAAACGACAGAAUCCAAUUCAAACUAAGAAGCUUAGAACAAAAAGAUGCCAAAGAGACAACAGCAUCCUAGGUGCCAGAAGAGCUCCCUCUGGGAAGAGCAUGCUAACACUGAGGGGCCACUACGGAAAAGGCCUUUCUCCCUUUACUUCCCAUGGCAGUGGCACCCAUAGAAGAUCUUAAUAUACAGACACAUGGAGAUAGGUGGUGGAUCCCGUAAAUCACCUGGUCCUAAGCUGUCAAAGGCUUUAAAAUGAGCACAUUCAAGUCAUGCAGUCCUUAACAUUGGGAGAGGUGGAGGAAACAUUCUGAAUCAUGAGGAUCUAGGUCUUCAGAGAGGGACAACAGAAGGGGGAACAGUCCACAGAGCACUCUGCCCAAAAGCGAUUUGGGAAACGAACCACCUAGAGAGGCGGCAGCGCCAAACAAGCCAGAAAGUUCCAGCUGUGUGCUGCUGCAGGUGCUCAAUUUGACGGCACUGCUUAAAAUCAUUCCAGAAAGCUCUCCCAGGCCUCGUCCAGACUUUCUGUUGCACCAUGCUUUUCAGGCACAGGUUUGCUCUUUAAAACUCCAUGUUCAAGCGAUUUUCUUUCUUUUUUUGUCCAGGCAUUUUCUAUGGGGAAAUCCACAUUUUCCUGCUGAAUUGGAGCAAAUGGCAAUGGAGUUUUCUGCAGAUUGCCACUUGCUCCAAUUCAGCAGUAAAAUGUGGGUUUUCCUGGGGAAAGCGCCGGGACAAAAAUAAAAAACAAACCAAAAAUGCUCGGACAUGGAGCUUUAAAUCCCAGACCUGUGCCUAGAAACAUGGCACAAAAGGCAGUCUGGAUGAGACCUCAGUCACCCUGCAAAAGACCAGGGGAUCAGUGAAGGCAGGACCAGUCUGGGAAACGCUCCUCUGGUCCCAACGACUGACUCAUUCAGCCUGCUUUGACUAUUCUAGUGGGAGGUGACUGAGUGAGAACAGCAGAAACAGCAGCUUGCGUGACAAUAAGCACACUCACCUCGCCCUCAACCAGAUUGCGCUUGUAAAGGGCAUCCUUGGCUGCAUCCUGCCAAAUAAACACACACAGAGCAGGCAGUUAAGUAGAUACAGAGGCUCUCGUUGCACCAGGCAGGGGUGCUCCUUUAAGCAGGCAGGCAUUGGUGCAACCAAGAGGCUUUAAAAAGGGGAUCUGAGGUCUUUUGCUCCCCCACCACAUCCCAUCUAGAUAUAAAAUGGAGUGGAUGGGGGGACUGAGGAACCAUACCCGCUUUCCUUCACUGCCAAGGCGCCGUGCUGCCUCUGUAUACCACUGCUGGUACCGCUCCAAUUGGGUCAGGUAUUCUGUGGAGUAAAGAUCAGACAUGACUAAGGAACAGCUCCGGUGUCCAACUGCAUCCCCUUCACCUCUGCCCCCUCCAACCCCAGAGGUUGGGACUCUGCCUCCUUCCUUGUGAUGCAGUUUUGAGAAAGCCAAAGAAUUAAUAUUCCAAGGGCUUACAGACACUGAGAUGCAAUCACAAACUGCUGAGAUAAAGAUCUGUCAAUCUAACAAAUUGUAAGCUUUUAAAAAAUUAUUCCAUUGUAUCCAUCCCUGCCAAGAUAUCUGGUAGAUUUGCCAAAUGUUAAAAUGAGGGUAGUCUUUGCACAGGCAAGACUAAAUGUCCUUCUGUUAGCCGAUUGGACGGGCUGACAUAAAGGAAUUCCUAAGAAGGAUAGAAUUUGCAGCUGCAACUCUGUGUCAACAGAAGACAUAACUCAUGUACUCUUUCAAUGCCCUUUUUAUAAUGAUCUUAGAAACAAUUACAUCCACCUGUUGUUGAGAUCGCAGAAGGGAAAGACAUCCCUUGCAAAGACCUGUUUUUUGUUGUCUGAUGUAGAGAGGGAUAUAUCCUUUAGAACAUACAAAUUUCCUUCCAAAGCUUUACAAAUUUGUGUAAUAAAACUUAAAGGGCGGGGGUAUGAGAAAUGAUUUAUCCUGUAAAGGUCGGGGAGCAGAAAUGUAAACCACUAUUAUUAGCAGUAUUCUUAUUCUUGUUAUUUUCAUGUGUGCAACGGCUGCUUGCUAAACACAAUAAAUCAAAGUGAACUGAACCCCCUCAAUGAGCACUUCCUGCUAAGGCAAUUUAACACACCAAUUCAAUAUGAACCGACAGAGAAAGGGGGAAAAUGUUCACUUGCCCAAGCAUUCGGAAUGGGGCCUUCGUGGCUGGGCUUUCAUCGCAAAGUACCUUUCAUGACUGCUGGGCCUCCGUGCUGAAGCUGGGACUUCUGCCACUGGAUCAUCCGUAUAACGUUCUGGUGCUGUUCCACUAGGUCGUUAGGAGGUCGUUGGCCAACUUGUUUGUAUCCUGCCAUCUGCCAGCAAAGGAAGGAGGGUUUGUGUACGUUCUCAGGGAAAGGACAGAGCACUCAACUUUGGGAGUAAGAAGUGGACCUUCUGUGAUUACGUUCUGUCUGGCUGACAAGUGCAUGCACAGGCUGGGAAACGGCUUUUCCAGGGCCACAGCAACAGUGAGCAGCACACCUGAACAGGUGACUAAGAGAGAGUUGGUCACCUGAGAGAUCCGGCCACAUAAAGGCAGAAGGAAGGCAAGACUUCACCAUAUGAGUUUGCCACACAACACUUCCUUUUUAAAUUGGACCGGAGUCUGCUGACCUCAGGUGAGACUCCUUCUGCAGAAUGAAAUUAAAGGGCAGAUUUCUUUUUUCUAAAAUAAAAAGGUAGUUUAUGAAGCCAAAGCAGGCAAAAAUAGCCCAGAGAGAGCAAAAUACAAGAUUCUUCCAGUCGACUGCCCUUUUAGUUGUUUGUUACCUAGCCGAGACAGGAAUGCCAAGCAGGGCCCAAGGGUUAUGAGGGUUGGGAAGAAGACAUCAUUUUAGGUCAUUUUGAAAGGGCAUCACUCACACAUUCCCUAGAGAUUUGUCUUGUCCAACCUUGGGUGUUUUUGCUGUACUGUAACACUUCAGAUGACUACUGCACUACUAAGGUAAGCAGAUUUUAAAAUCAUAAGCAUUAUACGCUGCCCUAAGGAAGCACAGCAACUUUGAGACAGGGCUGAGAUUUCUGACUGAGCUUCCUGCCCCUCCUGCAACCAUUAGCUUUGUAAAUUAGAUAUUCCUAGUGUCUUCAGCAUGUUUCAGUCAGUUUGCAGAAGUCAAGAUUCAAUGUUUGCUUGCAGUUUUGCUCCCAUCAAGCCCGUGCCUUGUUCUUUUGAGGGACAAUGAACACAACUGUUCAAAAUGUAAGACAUACCAGUGUCUCACUUGUCAAACUUGUGUCUCCUGUUUCCUCCCAUCCUUUCGUUGUCCAUUGCACAGUCUCAAGAAUUGUCUGCAAGCACCUUGAGGUGGAAGGGACGUGGGUGGCGCUGUGGGUUAAACCACAGAGCCUAGGACUUGCCAAUCAGAAGGUCGGUGGUUCGAAUCCCUGUGACGGGGUGAGCUCCCGUUGCUCGCUCCCAGCUCCUGCCAACCUAGCAGUUCGAAAGCACGUCAAAGUGCAAGUAGAUCAAUAGGUACCGCUCUGGCAGGAAGGUAAACGGUGUGUCCGUGUGCUGCUCUGGUUCGCCAGAAGCGGCUCAGUCAUGCUGGCCACAUGACCGGAAAAAACUGUCUGCGGACAAAUGCCGGCUCCCUUGGCCAGUAAAGCGAGAUGAGCGCCGCAACCCCAGAGUCGGCCACGACUGGACCUAAUGGUCAGGGGUCCCUUUACCUUUACUUUGAGGUGGGAGCCUGACUUUUGGCCAAUGUUACGCUAAAGCACCAUGUACAUGGAGAUGCUGGAAUUAGUAACUACCACCCUUAUAAACAUUACUGACCUUUUUCUCCAGCCUCUCCUUGUCAAAAGCGAGGACAUUGAAGCUGUGCAGAGUGCAGACAGGCUUGCUGCAAGGAAAGAAAGUGCAGCAUGGUUAACCUCAGAAGAGGCCAGCAACAGAAACACAGCACAGAGAAUGAGGCAGAGGCAAGCAGGCAACUGCCAUCUUGGAGAAGCAGAUAUGGAUUGGGUGUGUGCCUGCCAACUUCAUGCCCAAGCAACAAGCACAGCUGACUCCUGCCAAGGCAGGGGGGCAAGAACCAGGCACAUCAGCUGCAGCAGAGGCCCCUAGCUUGGGGACCAGAGUUUGGUGGGCAAGCAGAUGGAAUUGCUGCCCAGGAUCCCUCAGGUUCUAGAUUCAGGAGCUGCUGUGGGCUUCUUCCUGACAACUCUGAGAGAAAAGGCAGCCCAGCACGCACACAGGGACACUCCUGAUCAGACCUGUUGACAGGCAGCGUGCUAAUUUCUCAUUUGCUAGAAUGCCACAGGACAGGUUUUAAAGGACCACAAGAGCAAGAUGAAUGGGGUUGGGUUGGGUUUGAAGAUUGACUGGCCAAAGGAGCGAGGAAAGCUCUGAAGUUUCAUGCCCGGUGCUGUUUCUCAUGCUGUUCUCAACCCAGGACAGACAAAUCCAGUCUGGUAAACAGCUACAUGGCAGAUUUGAGGCAAGAGAGACACUCUUUGUCAUUUGCAUUCAGAACAAGAGAACCUUCCAGGCAAGCAUUCUGCCUUACACCUUGGCCUCAGCACCCCCUUUUCCUUUCAGAAUGCCUCCAAUCACAUUCAGGAAUCUUCCUUGCUAGCCGGUUGAUCCCGACUUCUCUCCCAUCUUAGGCCCUACCCCUGGGAACAUGAAACUGCCCUUGUUGCAAAGCCUGCACAAUGCCCUAGUGCUGCUCUGCCUGUUCCUCAUGCUCUUUGUUUCUCAACCCUACAGGAAAUGCCAGGCUGUUAUCAGACCAAAAAUCUAUCCUGCUGGAUUUCCUGUUUGUUUGAGUGGUGCCAUCCAGAUUGCACAGUUUCACAAGACAGGCACGGUCUAUCCAGGCCGCCAGUUCGAAUGCCAGUUUGAGACAUCUUCCUCUCUCACUGCUCCUCCAGUUACAGGAGAGGCUUUUGGCUAUGGCUAGCUGGGAGCAGGCCCUUCCAUGAGAAAAGUUAGGAAACUGUCUCAACCCAUUGAUUCAGGGCAUCAUUAUCAGAGCGGGAGACAAACCAACCUGUAGUAUGUGGCACAAUCCACCUUCAUGCCCUCCUGAGCGAGCCCCACAGAAUGGGACCUGAAAGAGGCACAGCAGUCUCCCAUGUUACUCAAAGGAAAGGGAGGUGUCCUUUGGACCUCCUGCCUCAGCCUCCAAAAUAUCUUGGGUCGAUUCUGGGCUCGUUAUUCACCGUGCAAAAUUGUACCUGUUCUUUUGAAGCUUUAACUACUUUGCCUUCCUGCCAAUUGCCACAAAACCUUUUGUGCCCAUACAACCUCCCAGAGCUCUUUGCCCUCUCUAGCUGUCCUACAUUUCUUUUCUUGUCCAGAGCCGGCAGGAGCAAACCAUUCUCUGUGCAAGGGAGCCUUCAAGGCCUGAGAGAAGGAAGGUCCAAUCAGAGCUGGCUUGGCUACAGCAGGGAGCAGAUGGAUGUUCUGGAAGGGAAAUUAGAAGAGACUAUCAACAGCCACUGGCAGAGCAAAAGGUGCUGGGCUGGACACCUGCCUCUGUGCACACCAUCCAACUGUCCAUCAUGCUCCCUUAACAGGGAAUUCAAAUAUCAAAAACCCUACGCGAUGGUAACUGGUGUAGUUUGGUGGGCAAAGCACUGGGCAAAUCUGGGAGACUUGCUUAUGGGCUUCUCAAAGGCAUCUAUCUAUCUGGCUGGCCCCUGUGGCAAAGAGGAUGCUGAAUUUGUUAGGGUUUUGUCUGAUCCAGCAGCAAGGCUCUUCUCAUGCUUUGUCUCAGCCACUGACUCAUAGUGUGGCCUUGAAUAAACUUCUUCACUUAC